ACCAACGGCAUCACCCCAUGCAACUUUGGAGAAUAUGCGACAGAAGCCACAGGCCCUGGUUCAGAGAUGUUUCCAAAAGCUCUUCCUACUCGAAAGCGUCGGAGGACUGAAGUUGCCUCUGUUGGGGGUCGCGAUGAGGUGAAGUUCAGGGAUGUGACUCUGUUCCUGGUGGAGAAGAGGAUGGGAAAAAGCAGGAGGAAUUUUCUGUCUAAUCUCGCCAGAUCUAAGGGCUUCUGCGUAGAUGACGCUCUCAGCGCUGACGUGACACACGUCGUGUCGGAGGGGAACGCAGCGCAGGAGCUCUGGAGCUGGCUGGAGGAGCAGGGUUUCAGAGAGAUGCAGGACAAACACGUGCUGCACAUCAGCUGGUUUACUGAGAGCAUGAGCGCCGGCCGGCCCGUGCCUCCCCAAAUCAGACAUUACAUUCAAAAUCCCGCCGUGGAUCAGAGGUCACGUACGAAUCCGUCAGCCAAAACUGAGUCUGCUUUAUCUCCAUAUGCUUGCCAGAGAAGAACAACGAUGGAUAACCACAAUAAGAUCUUUACAGAUGCGUUGGAGGUGCUGGCGGAGAACCUGGAGUUCGGUGGGAAUCAGGGCCCGAGCCUGGCGUUCAGAAGAGCUGCGUCUGUGCUGAAGAGCCUCCCCGCUGCCCUGAAACACCUGCAGGAGACACAGCAUCUGCCCUGCCUCGGAGAACACAGCAGGGCCGUCAUAGAGGAGAUCAUUGAAUACGGCUCUUCCUCCAGAGUCGAGGAGAUACUGAAUGAUGAGAGGUAUCGGACUAUGAAGUUGUUCAGCAGUGUCUUCGGGGUCGGACCCAAAACGUCCGAGAGCUGGUUCUGUAGAGGACUGCGGUCGUUUGAACAGGUGCUGAACGAACCCAGCGUCAGACUGAACCGCAUGCAGACCGCAGGGUUCUUGUUUUAUGAGGACAUCAGUAAACCGGUGAGCAGGACAGAGGCCAGCGCUCUGAAGAUUAUAGUGGAGGAAGCUGUCAUCAGUGUCAACCCAUCCGCCACCGUCAGCAUCACAGGAGGAUUCCGCAGGGGGAAGGAGUUCGGUCACGAUGUGGACUUCAUCAUUAAAACACCUGAGGCCGGACAAGAGGAUGCGAUUCUGACCGCGGUGAUCGAGCGAUUCAAAAGCCAGAACAUCCUGCUGUACUCAGACUUCCAGGAGUCGACCUUUGACCUGCGGCAGCUGCCGACUCACUGCUUUGAGGCCAUGGAUCAUUACAGCAAGUGUUUCCUGAUCAUAAAGCUGAAGCGUGAGCAGGAGACGGAUGCGAGAGCAGGAAGGGACUGGAGAGCCGUGCGUGUGGAUCUGGUGGCUCCACCGCUGGAGCGCUUCGCUUACGCUCUGCUGGGAUGGACAGGAUCCACGCUGUUUGAAAGAGACCUGAGACGAUUCGCCAGACUGGAGCGAGGAAAACUGCUGGAUAAUCACACGCUGUACGACAAAGCAACGAACACCUUCUUGCCUGCUAACACGGAAGAGGACAUCUUUGCACACCUGGGUUUAGAGUAUAUCGAGCCUUGGCAAAGAAAUGCCUAGUUUCAGUCUCUGCUCUGUGAAGCCUGCUGAAGUUCUGGACAGAUUCAACACCCUCGACAUGACGCCGAUGCUGAUUUCACCAGCCAGCGUGAGCAUUAUUGAUAGUUCAUGGAGUUCUGUUUUCUUUUUCAAAUACACAUACAGUGAUGCUUUAGCAUGUCUAAAUGUCCAUACAUCAGCUAAUGAUUGGAAGGAAAGAUGCACAAGCACACAAACAAUGAGUAAUUUCUGUAGUGCAAAAUGAAACUGCAAAAAUAAUGACUGUUUCCAAACAGGUUGUGGAUAGGAAUACAAUAGGAAUUACACUAUUGUUCAAAAGUUUUUUCUCAGACAUUGGUUUAGUUAGUAGAGUUACAUUAUGUUACAUUAUAACAUCAAUAGAUCCUUUGAACAUUAGUGAAUGUUUCUCAAAAUAUGAUUUAAAUGAGUAGAAACUAGGAGCUGGCUGUAUAUUAAACAGCACUUUUUAAAAUUUAUAUAUCUGUUGAUUAUAAUAACAAACAAUGUAACAAUGAAACACUGUGAUGCAUCGCAUCCUCGCUAACAGAAAACAUUCUCAGAACAUUCUCGCAAGGUUCUCUCAAAGUUUUAAACAAGUCGUCUUCCAAAAACAUCAAUUGAACGUUUGUUUACAGUGAUCUGGUCUCUAAACAUUAUAGCACAAAAACAGCACGUUUAUGGAGCGUUUUAAAAAACUUUUUCGUGAGACGCUCAUUUAACGUUUUACAAAUGUUGCUACUUAGUAGUUUCAGAGAACAUUCGAAAGACACUUUCUCAUAACGUGUGCCCAAUAAUAAAAUGUAACGUUCACUUAAUGUUGUCUUUAGCAUUUACAAUCUAAAUGAGAAGAAAAAAAGCUUUUUAACAUUAAAAAGACAUUUGUCUAUCAUUUUUUUAAUGUUAUUAUUUACUAUUAUCAAAUGGUUGAAAAAAACAUUCAAAAGAAACAUUCCAAUGUUUUUAAAGUAACAAAAUGUAACGUUAGCUUAAUGUUCUUUAUCAUGUUUUUUAUAAAACAGAUAGUUCCGGUCCUUGAUUCUGAUUGGCUGAGUCGUGUUCAAAUCUGUUGUAAAUUCCUCUAAAAACAUACACCUUUGUUUACGUUUGCAUGUUGUAUGUGUUGCUUGGCAACCACUUUGUUGCAACCACAACUGAUUCCGAGUAACUACAGUAAUUUUUUUGGUGAAAGAAUACUGUUUUUAUUAAUAUCAUUACACUUUAUUUUGCUCUGUUUUACUGUUUCGCGUCGUGCCUAACGUCGCCCCCUAUCUGUUAUAAAUUCACUGUACACCACGGCUUCUUGUAGCUUAUUGCUUUAAUAUAAUCAAGAAACAAAUUUUUUUAAAACAUUUUACAGAAAAAAAAAUCAUAUAUAAUGUUUUAAUAGGAACGUUAACCAAACGUUCUUAUAGCAUAUUCUUACCAUCUAGCUAGAUAUGAUGUGAUAUUUAAACACUCUUUCAGUAUUUCUUCACUGUGAGAUUUUAUCCCAUGCAAACCUCUUCGUCCUGUUUGUUUGUGACUCGAGUGCAACCCGUGAUGUCUUGAGGAAGAUCACAAGGUCUAGAUCUUCCUAUUUAAGGAUCUUUAAGUAGAACAGCUCAGGCGUUUCCAGGACUCGGCCCGAGGGCCUCUCUUUCUCUCUCUUUUUAUCUCUGACCCUUUCUGAAACGCCACUGCAGAAGCACAGAGCAUCAGUUCUGUGAACCGGACUGAACCGGCUCCAGCAUUCAAACUGGGUUAGCUACUGUUGUGUUGGCGUUAAAUUACUUUACACUGAAUUUUACGGCCCACAGCAAUGCCACAAUUCCCAUCAGGCUCUGCUGUGCUGCGCUUUCUAUGAGUAAUCUUCAGAAACAAAAGCUUUAUUAAAUUCUGACUUUGCUAAUUCCAAAAAUAGCUGUGAUCCAGAGCCUAGUGAGACUCACUUUAAAAUCUUAAUUCACUCUGUUUACUUUUCAUAAUACACCUCUGGUUCUAUUGUGCGUGAUUUGAGUCCA